AUGAACCCUCAAAUUUCAAACAUUGCGAUCAUGUUGAUCAUGUCGCAAGUGUCUCGUCUGUUAGAUCUCGCAGACCCAAAGACUUUAAUGAUUAUCCGUUUGCUAUAUGUUUCUACAAAUGUUAUAGCGUUUUGUAUCUAUCAAAUGACUAGAAAGAAGAUUCUUAAGGAAAAUAAUUUGAAAAUUGUCAAAUAUAUUAAAUCUGGUAAUUCUUUAUUGAAGGAACCUGAAAAAUUACAAAUUAUCACUGUUAGAGAUUAUGAUUUGGAUCAAAUUCAAAGUUCUAUCAAUGGUAUUUAUUCUAGUAUUGCUAUGAUGUUUGUCAUGCAUGUAGUCAUGAAGUAUAACAAUCCAUUGUUUAUGCAAUUUAUUGGACCAGUCAAGGGUGCUUUAGAAAAUACUUUAGUCAAGAUUAAUUUACUUGGUAAAGAUGAUGAUGGUAAGAGACCAUUCAAAUCAGAACCAUUAUUUGGUAAGAUUCCAACUGGUGAUGACAUGAGAACUGAUAAGAAAUCUAUUGAACAAUUGGAAGUUGCUGGUAACGGUGGUAUUAAGUACGAAUAG